GAAAGGUCACGACAGGCAAAGAGAGAGAGAUUUUUGUGUGGAGUGUUGUUUGAAAACUCCCAAAUCGUUUUCUAAACUCCCCCCGUGACGACGGCAUCUGCUGAGAACAAGAAGAGAAAACUCUUUAAAUUUCACAUCUAAUUUGCUCAUUUUUCUUCUCUCCCCCCAUUUGACUUUUUCUCUUAAGUGACCUUCAUUUAGACUGUUUUGGGAGGGAGUUGUUGAACCGUUUUGAGAAGAGUUGGCUGACGAAAGAGAGAGAGAGAGAGAGAGUUUUUAGAAUAGAAAGAGAAGAUGUUGUUGUAAGAGUGUGUUUGUAAAAUAACAACAGAACAGACGGGCUUUUUAGAGGGGAUCUGAAUUCUUCCCUCCUCCUUCCUUGUUCUUUGAUUUGUUGCUUGCUGGUUCAUUGUCGCAGGCUCUCUUGCAUUCAUUCAAAAGGGAACUCGCUACAGAUUCAACCCUUUUGUUGAAUUCUUGCCUGUAUCGAAGUGAGCUGGUCUCCUUCCACUCUUCUUUACCGAUUCCCUCUCUAUCCCCCAUCAAAAACCACUACGAAUGGACGCACGCUGAUACCUUUCUUAAUCUCAUACAAAUAGACUCAUAGAUACUUACUACUAGUCUUUUUAAUAUUCUAUAAUAAUGGCUGCUGUCUACGAUCGAUACGAUCCCGCUCCAUCUACCCCUAGCGAGGAACACGCUCCUGGAUUCUUGUCACAACCCGAAUUUGAAGACGACGAGGUGUCAAAGCAUGAACGGGAAUACCAGGCCGUGUCUGCCUAUGCUUCUACCACCGAUACUCGUACCUACAAAUCAAAGGAGGAUGAUGACGAGUACGAUCCAGAGGCCAUGUUGUACCGGGCUGCGGAUGAUGUCUACUCUACCAAGAGUCCAAAGCUAACACUGGCUGGACGGAUUCUGUCUUGGUACAAGCCUGUAUACGAUUAUAAAACCCCAAACCUUUCGGAUAAACAACGGCGUACUCCGAAAUACUGUGGUGGUCGAUUCAAGCGAUGGCAAUUCAUCCUCCUCCAUAUCCUAAUCGGAUUCCUAUUCCUCAUGAUCGUAUUCGGUCCCCUGACCUACUUCAUCUUUAUCCCCAGUAUGGUCCAAUCUCAACUCAACAACCAAAAGUUGGAUAACCUCGAUCUACAAAAGAUGGUCGUGAGCAACUUUUCUCCAGAGAAUGUGGCUUUUGCCGUCAAGGCAUCUAUGCCCGCCCCCUUUUGGUUGCCCAUCACAGUCGAAAUUGGCGAAACCGAUGUUCAGGUUCAUAAACGAGGCGAUGAAAAGAAUGGCUUGGUGAAUGUUCACAUUCCAAACCUUCCCAUCACGCUGAACAAACCGCUCAAGGUGGACAUGUCGGGAUACGUCAGUUUGGACCACUGUAACCCAGAAGAAACGGCAAAACUUGUAGAGCUGUUCUCGACAAAGGGAUUGAACGACUUUGAAUUCCAGAUUCGUGGAAAGUUCCCCAUCAAGAUGUUUGGUAUUACUUUUUACAAAGGAUUGCCCUUGUACCUUAACCUGGGAAAGAUCAAUGGUAUUGACUCCAACCUCAAGUCGCUCUUAAAGUCCAUGCCAAGUUUCUUGAAAGCCCAAAAUAUGAAUUCUUUGAUUCGGCAGCGUUUUGCUGCCAAAGACCUCAUUAGCCUUCUCACCGAUAUUGGAUUCCCAGAAAUCAAGAUUGACGCUCUGGCCCUUGAGAUGAACGAUAAGGGUGUCACCGUCAAUGCGACGCUCUGGCUCGAGAAUCCCACUCGUGUUACUAUUGGUGAUAUCCGUGGGUUGUCAUUUGGUAUAGCAGUCGAGGAACAAGUCGUUGCUCGCUGCAAUGUCCGUGAACUCUCUUUGGAACAGUCGCUGCAAGAACUCCAGUUGACGGCUGAUAUCACCUUUGAUGACCCGGCGAUUACGCCCGAUGGUGUCAGUAAGACCAUCUCCGCUGUCUUGGAUAGGUUGUUGGCUACUGGCAACUAUGAGGAUUUAAAGGUUGCCGUGGCGGGUCCCGUCCGAAUUGCCCAUGGUGACUGGGUGGAGACCAUCACCAGCCCGUUGGCUUUGUACCUCCCCAUGAAGGAACUUUUAGACGCCCUCCAGUUUCCCAAAAUCCGAGACAUUUUGACACUUCGCGGUGUUGCAGAACUCGUUGGCAACACCAAACUUGCGGCGAACGUAUUGUCGGAUCGCAUUAUCGCACCCGUUACGAUUGGACUUGCUCGUAUCUUACCAUUGCCAGAAAAGGUUGAGAUAAAGUACAAUGUAUCUGCUGCCCUCUACGGUGGAGCGCAAAAGACUCUGGGAUUGGAUCUUUACCCCAUCACGGUCUUGACGAGCGAUAAUGACAUGAAGAUUCAAACGACCGUUGUCAUUCACCCCGAGAACUCGAUGCCUGCUGCUGAAGCACUCGCUACGGCUUUGAACCCGAUCUUGGCUGCUGUUCCUCAACCAUCCAGUAUUGAUCUCAAGUCGCUCUCCUUUUUUGCCGCUGGUCAACAGCCCUUCCAAUGGAGCAACAUGCUGUUCAAGGACUCAACCAUCAAGGUUCCACUCCCUACCGUGAUCUGUCUCCCAUGUAUCGUUGAUCUGGUGACCAAGAAUGGAACGGAGAUUCCCCUCAGCAUCAAUUCUCUCGCCAUUGACCAGCUGCUCAACGCGCCUGGUUUCUCUGCACAAGGUUCAGCCAACAUUCAGUUCCCACCCACCCUUCCUGAGCUAUCCCUGGAUAUCGGAUAUGCGUCGUUGGAUUUGGCAGUUGAAAAAGUCCAAGCUGCGUCCGUGGGUCUGCCUACGGGAUUGAAACUUAUUCCCAAUACGGGCCCUAUGGCUUUGAAUGCUCAAGCAGUCUUGUCACGGACCCCCGAACUUCCGGCCAAGCUUCAGAAUUUGGUGGACUCGCUCUUAAAAGAUGGGUCGAUACCUUCUUCGGCGGGUAUUACAAACUUGAUGUUUGGUCCUUCGGCCAAUGCCUCUUUUGUCACGUUUUCCAAGAUUGCCAUCGAGUUGAGUACGGCUAAUUUGAAGGAUUUGGUGAACCGCGUGAUGACGGGAUUGAAAACGUCCAUCUUGAAACCUGGAUUGGUCAAGGUGACGGGUGCGGAUCUCGAAAUUGUCAAAUCGACUGAAUUGGCUCUUGGUCUCGCUGCCGAUGUCAACAACCCUUUCAAUAUUUCCAUGUCGCUGGGCAACAUUGACCUUGAUGUUUUGCUUGACGAUGGUCGAUUAUUGAGCUUGGCGCUUCCUCCGUUGAAAUUGGUUUCUGGACCUGGUGGUCUUGAUAUCAAACUAACGGCGGGUGUUGCGACCGGUGCGGGUGGCAUGGCAGAAAAGAUUGCUCUCCUUGUGAACCAAGUAUUACAGAAACAGGACAUUACGGCCUUGUUUGGAAUUACCAGCCUCGUUCUGUCGCCUCCUGGUGCUCGUGGCCAGGUCGGAGGUGCGGUCAUUGAUCAAUUGAAGCCGGUAAAGAUUGUUGCUCCCGCUGAUUUGAUCAACGAGAUCAAUCCCCUUGCGCAUCCCGAUACGUCCCCGAUCGAUAUGUCUGGCUUGCUUCCUAGCGCCGACAUUCUUAGCAAGCUCAACAUUGAUCUCAAUUCGGCGUCGCUGGAUACCCUUCCUGGUGCCACUCUCGGAGCUGCAGUCGCAGCAGGAUACGUCAAUCCGCUCGCCCUUGCUGCCAAGGUUCCAUUCUUCCAAUUGACUGCCGGACUCGGUGGCUCUAACCUUGUUACUGUCCAAGUAACGGAUAUUACCCUUGUCCGCGGACAAGGUGUGAUUGCACCCAAACUGAUGAUGGUGUUUGAUCAAACUGAUGGAAGCAUCCCCGACAAGGUUGCGGAAUUUGUGGACAACUUUAUUGCGGGUCAUAUUGCACCUAGUGUCAAUGUCAAGACGUUGUACUUUGGAUCAAGCGCUCAGGACAUCAACGAUUUGUUGAGCGCCGUUGAUGCCGAUUUGAGUCCCAUUACGGAUGGGAUGGACACGAAAACGAUCAUCAACACGGUUGUGAGCAUGUUACCGAUCAAAUUACCUCUUCAUGUCAAUGAGCUCAUGAGCAGCAUGUCGAAUGUGUUGACUGGUGUGAUAAAGGUUGACACACUCCCGCAAAAGACACUUGGGUUGAAUGCAAAUGUUGGCUUGAAGCUUCCCUUUGCAUUGUCUUUGAACGUUGGUUAUUUUGCGUCCAAAGUUGGUAUCAACGCUAACCCCCUCCUGGGUCUCUUUUUGCCGACUGGUGUCAAGGUUGCGGCUAACGGUGCUGGUGGAACAAGCGAUGUUGCCCUAAACACGGCGAUUCCAUUCGAGGAUGAUGAGCCUGCUCAAAUUGCUGUCGGUAACUUGGUGGCAAACUUUUUCGCUGGCUCAAGUCUGGACACUUCUAUCGACCUUGGAGCUUUGGGACUCGGGUACAGUGCUGGAGACCAGAUUCAAGCCUUGAGCAAAGUGCGGCUCAGUAUACCUUUGGAUGCAUUGAUUGCAGUAGAUGGACCGAGCGAUAUAUUCUCUCUUCUUGUCGGCAUGAAACCUGCACUUGGCGGUGCGACACUCGAAACCCGACCUGGGAACAACUUGGGUGUCGUUGUGGAUAUGGGUAUCCAAGCGCCUUUCAAGAUUGCGGCAAACAUUGGAUACGUUGGUGCUUUUGUCGGAUUGAACACCCACCCACUUCUCGACUUUUUGUUGCCUAGCGGAUUGGUUCUUGAUGCUACGGGUCCGACCACUCGUUUGAAUCUCAACACCGAGCUCAAGCUUACCGACAAUGAAGCGACGCAGGACACGGUUGCGCAGCUUGUCAACAACUUUAUGACUGGUCAGCAUUUGGGUGCUGUCAUUGGUUUAAGCAAGUUGGCCAUUGGAGCAAACCAGGGCGAUCUUAUUACCGCUUUGAGCCGAGUUGAGAUUCCCGCUGACCUUGAGCGUGGUUUGGGUGUCAUGGGUAUUCAACUGCCGUUCAGCAUUGGAGGCGCCAUCUCUGCUCUUAAUGCCCAAAUCCACCGUGUGAAGGCUCACACCGCGCCUGCAAAGAGUAUGGAGUUGGGUGCUAAUGCCGAUUUCAACCUCCCAUUCCCUGUCAGUCUGCGACUCGGUUAUGCCGCAUUGAGCGCCAAGGUCAACCGUGACCCACUUGCCGAUGUGGUUGUUGGUAAAGGAAUAUCGAUUGCAACCAACAACAGUCGGGCGGCUUUGAACCUUGAGGCUGGUAUGACGUUUACCGACACGGAUGCGACGCAGACGGCUUUGGCGAGCAUUGUGGAUGGGUUUGUCUUUUCUGGUGACCUUAAUGGGGCGACAGCUGGUAUCAACAAGGUCUUUGUUGGUAACAGUGCCAAUGAGGGUGAUAGGUUGACUGUUUUGAACAAGGUGGAUGUCAACCUGGAUAUUGCUACCCUCAUCAAAGCUGUUGGGUUCUCCAUUCCUAUGGAUAUUACCCAGCUCGCCAACUCUGUCAAGAACCUCGGUACCGUCAACGUUGAGACGCAACCUGGACGCCGAAUUGUAGCUACAGCCGGACCCGACUUCAAUCUCCCUCUCCCGUUCCCGGUUGAUCUCAGUAUCGGCCACGUUGCGGCCAAGGCUGACCUUGGCAAGGUACCGCUCGGUCAGGAUGGAUACCCGCUUUUGGAUCUUGCUCUUCCGGGUGGUUUGGUCAUGGAUACCACCAAUGGGACGAAGCGGGUCAACUUGAAUGCGGACUUGCAUUUCACGGAUACGACUGCCACUCAAGAAGAAGUUGCAAAGAUUGUUAGUCAGGCUUUGGGUGCGAAUGCUAUUGACAGUGCUUUUGGUGCAAAGGGUAUUCAGAUUGGUUAUUCUGCUACGGAUUUGAUCACUGCGUUCAACAAGGUUGCCAUUCGUUUGGAUCUGACUCGUCUUUUGAACCAAAUGGGCGUGCAACUUCCUCUAAAGUUUGGUCAAGUGGCGUCCAACUUGGAUCUCAAGGUUGCCAACGUUGGAGUGGAGACUGCGCCUCAGAACACUAUUGCCGCGAGAGCGAACCUUGGGUUCACGAUGCCUCUACCCAUCAGUCUGACCUUCAAGACUGGAUACUUUUUUACUCGCGCUACUGUUGGCGAAGCUCCUUUGCUCCGUCUCGCCUUGACGCAACCUCUUGCUCUAACUUCCUUGGGUGACAAGCGCAACAACUUGAACAUAUCGACCAACCUUGUCUUCAUCGACAAUGAGCAGACACAGGAGAAUGUGGCUAGUCUUGUUGAUCGGGCGUUGAACUCGAACCGAUUGGACAUGUCUGCUGGCGUUGACGGUCUCGUCUUUGGGUCAUCGGCAUCUGAUGCGGAUGUGAUUACCGUUUUGGCUAAAGCAAAGAUUAGUCUUGGAUUGGAUGAUUUGACGAGUGGGUUGGUGUCCUUCCCUCUUGAUCUCAGCAAGUUUGGUAGUGUCGUUCUUGGAGGCGGAACGGUCGAUGUUGGUGCUGUGCCCAACAAAUCUCUGAACGUCUCGGCUGCGGUUGAUUUGGGUCUUCCUUUUGAUAUUUCGGCCAAGAUUGGGUACUUGAGUUCGUUUGUUGGCGUCUCGGCGCAAAAUAGUGGAAACGUGAAUGACUUGGUUACUUUUUCGUUGGCCAAUCUGGCUCUUGGCGGAAAAACGAUCAACUUGGCUACCGUUUUGCAGUUUAUUGAUACCGAAGCGACGCAAACCGAUAUCUCUACCAUUGUUACUGAGGCUUUGAACGGCCCUGAACUUAACGGACGUGCUGGGUUGAACAGAAUCAAAUUCGGCUUCUCUCAAACGGACUACUUGACAGUGUUGAACAAGGUUGAUGCCAAGGUGAAAUUGGCUCAAGUUCUUGCGUUGGCUGGCAUGAAGGUCCCUAUCGAACUCGGCCAGGUUGCUGGAAAGUUGAAUGCCAAGAUUGCCGAUGUGAGUUUGGAAACCUUGCCGACGCAGCGACUUGCGGUUGGAGCCAAGGCUGGCUUCACGCUUCCGUUCCGUGUCAACCUGAACCUUCCCCACCUUGCCACUGAAGUUGGAAUGAACUCUGAGACGCUCUUGUCUAUGGCUUUACCGGUCAAGAUUGCGGCUGGUCAGGACGGCGCUAGUAAUUUGGAUGUCAACACGACUAUCCAGUUUUACGGGGGUGAAGGUAUCAAAACUCAAUUGAACAAUGUCGUGAACCACAUCUUGAGUGGCAAAGAGGACCCUGCCAUCAUGAAUCUCCGCAAGGUUGCCAUUGGAUUCAGUGCCACGGAUGUCAUUACUGCUUUCUCCAAGAUUGAUGCACCAUUAAAGCUGGAUACCAUUCUUCCUGGUCUCGGUAUCAAGAUUCCUCUGGGCGAGACCCUCAAGGGCAGCAAUUUCUUUAGCUUUAGUGAUUUGACCGGUGAUUUGGCCGUCGGUAUCCUUCCCAACAAGGUGAUCCGCGUGGACGGUGUAGCAGGUGUGAAACUUGGCUUCAACGUUCUCGUCAAGGCCGGGUGGGCCGGAGCGGAUGUUAGUGUCAACAAUGCUCCAUUGGCUCGCGCUGGACUGCCAGUGACUAUUGCACCAAACAAUGGAGUUGUCAAUCUCGCUUUGAACACGAGCAUUCAAAUCAUUGAGAAUGAUAGUACCCCCGCUGCGCUUGCCAAGGCUGUGAACAAUUACUUUGGGGGCGGCAAGUUGGAUAGUACUGCUGGAAUUAGUAACUUGCAGUUUGGGUUCAGUCAGACGGAUGUGAUUGAGGCCUUUAGCGGAAUCAAUGCAGCUAUCCCAUUGGACACGUUUGUCGGGUCCGACCGGUUCGACAUUGGCAAGCUUCUUGGCAACAUUAUCCAAUCCGGAAACUUGUCCGCCAUUCAGAUCCGUCGCUUGCUGGCUGGUUUCACCCCGGACAAUCUCCUCAACCUUGGCCUCGGUGCUGUUCUUCCUGGUCUGAACUUACCCAUCAAGCUGGCCGCCAAUGUACCAUAUGUGCGCGCUGGUGAUGUCAAGAUGGACAAGGUCCCAUUGGUGGAUAUGACGAUGACGGGUGUAUCAUUGACCAAAGCUAUGGAAUUUGGAUUGGACGCCAACGUUAAAGUGCAAGACUCGGAUAAAUUGGCUGAGAUGGUUGCGGACUAUGUGAUGCAAUACGCUACGACCAAGCGGUUCCCUGGAGAAUUACAGCUUGGUGGACUUGUUGCUGGUGCAACUCCCAGCGAUGCCAUUGCGGCUUUGAGCCAAUGUGUCAUUCCUGUGAGACUCGACCCUGUCUUGCAGCCUCUACUUGCCGGUAUCAACCUUGGUCAAACAUCGUUCACUAUCUCUGUGACUCCCCAAGGAGUCAUUGCUAUUGAUGUCAAGAACCCAAUUAUUGGAGAUGCUCACCUUGCCAUCACCAAGGGCGAUGUUGAGUUCAAACCGGCCCAGGCUAUCGACAUUGGUAUUGGUCUCAACGUCCAGCUCGGAUUCCCUCUCACUCUUGAUAUCCCCUAUUUCGCUGUUAACCUUGGAUUGGACCGUACGGCGGCUAUGGACUUGAAGAUGACUGGAUUGAAGACAACGGCUGGUACGAACGGUACCAGUUCGGCGUUGGCACUUGGUAUGGGUCUGAAGAUACACGACUCUGAGGAACUGGCCAUGAAGCUUGCUGUCUUGUUCGAUGUGAUUUUGAGGCAGGGCAGUAUUCAAGGCAAUUUGAUACUCGAUGGACUUGGGGUUGGUGCCAGUGCGGACAAUUACCUCCGUGCCUUUAGCAAGGCCAAGAUCCCUAUUCCGUUCGAUACACUCUUGGGUAUGCUCCGUGGCAUCACGGGUGGAAUCAACAUUGGUAACCCUGCAGACUUGAUCAAAGCUCUUGGACUUCGUCUCUCGAACAUUGUUGCCAAGACGGAAGCUGGACGCAAGAUCCAUGCUGGUGUUUCGGCUGGAUUCAGUAGCAACUUCCCGUUCACGAUCAAGGGAUUGAAUUACUUUGCCCUCAGCUUUGCUAUUGAUGAGUCUGAUAAGGCUGCGCCGGAUGUGUUUGACGCUAGUAUCACGGGUCUGAGCAUUGCACCUGGUGCAAACAAUAUCAACAUUGGAGCCGACUUGCACUUCCCCGCCAGUAAUGAUGUGCAGGAUAUUGUUGCAAGAUUCUUUGACGACAUGCUCAAGAAUCCUGCCAAUAUGGCCCAACGGUUGGUCUUUGCCAAGAUUGUGCUUGGAGUCAGCCAAGAGGACUCGAUCAAGGCUCUCAGCAAGGCUCGGGUUGGUGUUGCAGCCAAAACCCUCUUGGGCGGUAGUGGCCAAGACUCUGGUAGUCUCCUCUCUCUUGUUGGCAGCUUGAUUGGCAUCGACUUUAGCAAGAUGACUCCAGAAGUUCUCAUGAGUAUGAUUGACCUGCGUAGAGCUAUUCUUGAUCUUGGACAACCUGGAAAGAUUAUCGCGGAUGUUGAUAUCGGGUUGAAGAAUUUGACGCUGAAUGCUGAUAUUGAUCUUGGAUAUGUGUCGACUGGAGUGGCUUUGAAUGGCAAACAGUUGGCGGGUGUGGAACUAGCAAAUGGUGUCAAGAUUAAGAGUAAUGGUGGAGCACUUGGUCUCGCCCUUCUAUUGGAAAUGAACAUUAAUGACACGGACGAAAUUGCCGAUAUUAUCGCCAAUAUUGUUAACCAUGUUCUUGCUGGUACGGCUACGGACGAUACAGCCGGUGUUUCUCAACUGGUGUUUGGUGUGAGCAAGGGCGACAGCAUUGAUACGUUUUCCAAGGCACUUAUUGGAACAAAGAUUCAACCUUUCAUCGAUGCUGCCAAGAAGAUCCUUGAGCCUAUCAUUUCCAAUUUGAUGUCAAUGAAGUUGCCUGCGGGAUGGGGCUUGGAUGGAAUCGAUGUGGAUGCCGUCAGUCAAGACUCGUUGUCCAUUAACAUUGCCGGUCACUCUCCCAACAAUGGUCAGUUCGGUCUCAACCUCCCCUACGCAGAGCUUGGCGUCGCUAUCGACAACCGUGACUUUGUCUUCCCCUUGGUGGAAAACAUUGCCCUCAAAGACGGACAGUUGGGUGGACAUGUUGGUAUCAAGAUGCUCAAGGAUGCUGUCCUGGUCGGCAAGUUUGGACCCAUUUUCGGUGAUUUGGUAUUCCACCGGCCCUACAGUGCCAUGGUCUACUCGGCAACAGUCAAAAAUAUCUUGUUUGGUACGCGCGAUCGUCCAUUCAAGAUUCUUUCCAAGGUUGCCGCAACGAUCCAGACGGAACCCAUUUUCAACAGUCUCAAAAAGAGUAUGGACGCCAAUGUCAUUGAAAUUUACCGAAUCCAAGCGGAGAUGUCUCAACGUGGUUUCGACGCCGAGGUGUUCAUUCCUCUCAAUGCCACGCUUCCGCUCAACUUGAAGUUCCAAAAGGUCCUUGCGCAAAUUAACUACAAGGUUGGCGGAAAGGAACCUCUCUACCACGUUUCGGACAUUGAGAUUUGGGACAUGAAAUUGGACAGCAAAGGAGUUUUAUACUUUAAGAUUGCCAUUAUCACGGAUGUCAACCCUCAGACCGGUCUUAUCGAACCACUCUACGAAGCGUUGCAGUACCUGUUCACUUGGAAGUCCUUUUCUCAACAUGCUUACAUGGGUUACGCAAAGAUUCAAGGGAGCAGUGGGGCGACAUUCGACCCGAUGGACCAACUUGCCAUGCUUUGUCCCGAUCUCACAUUCUGGGAGCCGCUUCACGUUAACCUUCCCGUUCCCGUCAAACCGAUCCAGUCAGAAGGAUUGGCGCCAUUGCCGUUCGGUGUUGAGCUCUGGUGGCCCAACUACUGGUCCUUCCAUCUUGAUAUUGGUACUGCCCGUAUUGAUGUCAAAAACGGCGGCAAGGAUCUCAUUCGCCUGGCUACCAAUGGUAAAGCGGAGAUUCUCAAUGCUCCCGAAGGUGGUGCGACAAAGGGUACCCGGAACUUUGUUCUUUCUGUCCUUUUGCCUUUCGACAUCAAGACGAUCAUCCGAGACACGAUUACCAACAUUUUGAACCCGCUCAAGGCGAUCACUGAGUUCUUUGACAUGAUCAAAAACCUGUUCAACCCGAAAGCGUACUCGUUGGCGAUCGUGGUCCUUGAUAAGAACAACCAGCCGAUCACCUGGUUCACUCAAGCCAUGUCCAUUGUUUUCACGGAACGGUUCUUGGGUAACUCUCUUCUUCCAAUUCUUGCGGCCUUGUUGACCAAGACGUCGAUCGAUCUAUUCGGCAAGGCCCUCAACUUGCCUUUCAUCAACUUUGAGAACCUACCCUUCAUCAAGCCUUUGGUUGACGAAGCAAACAAGAUUCUCGGGGGUAUACCUCAGCAAGUCAGAAUUGGUCCUCCACAGUUGGGCGGUGCAAACUUUAUGGCGGCCGGUACACCUCAACUCAGUCUUGCUGAUUACGGACUGGAUCCUUUCAACGUCCCUGCUAAUUUCAGUUUGACGCCCAACAAUGCGACUGUUCCCAGCAGUACCGCCGUCACUAGCGCUAUCCCCGUCACCUCAGCGCUUCCAUCUGCGACUCCUUCGGCUGCACCAGCUGCGACUAGUGCAGCGCCUGCACCAGUUCGAAGCGCUCCCGCUCCUGCUCCAUCAGCGCAAUCCGCGCAGCCCGCCGCGGCAGCCGCUACGACUACGGCCCCAGCCAUCACUGGGCGUCGUUUGAAGCGUAGGGUCGUUUACAAAAACUAGACGAUGGUAGAGUUGAAGAAGAGCUGAGCUCGAACAAAAAACUGUAGAGUAUUGUAGAAAGGAGCUGUUGAUAUUUCUAUGAGUGUUUGAUUGUUUGUGUGUGUGUGUGAUUCCCGUAAGGGAACUUUUAUGAUUUUGUUUUUUGAGAUAGAGGUUUUCGUAGUUGUGAGACCUAGGUUUUGACUUGAAGAAGAAUGUAGCAAAGAACAUCAUUUGUAGAGAUGAAUGGGAAAAUGAAAUUUGAUUUUUUGAACAAAUAAAAGAAUUGACCUCUUCUG